AUUGACCAGACGCAUUUUGACUGCUCUCCAACGACUUUGAGAUCUUGAUCUUCUGCUAAUUACAUUUUGCUAUUUCUGUCUCCAGCAAGCUUUACAACCUACUGCUAAUUUAUAUUUUGUUCAUUUAAAGUUUGAUAACUGUCAAUUAGGCUACUUGGUCCAUCAGGUUAAACCUAUCGGCUAGUCUAGGCUAAGAAACUUAGCAAAGUUAGCUAUAAUCAAAUUCAAUAGGCACAAGAUUGUUGGGUUUGUUUGUUUUUAAAUUGUUGCAGUUUAUUUUUAUAUUUUUAAUGGCGUCACGUGAUAACCUCUUCGCUAGAUUAGGAUUUCGCCCAGUGGUCUGCACAGCAGGCCUGACUGCGACAGCAGUGGGCGCUGUUUUUCUGUUUUCCAGGUGGCGGAAGGAGACUGCCGAGAUCGGCACCCAGACGGACUGGGAAACAGCUGAGGCUUCGACCCAAGCCGGCUGGGAAACGGCUGACGCUGGGACCCAAGUACUGUGGGAAACAGCAGAGGCUUCGACCCAAGCCGGCUGGGAAACGGCUGAUGCUGGGACCCAGGCCAAAUGGGAAACGGUGGAGGCUGGCAUUCAGGCAGAAUGUCAGAGGGCUGAGGCAGGUGUCCAGGCGGUACAGGAGACGGCUGUCUCUGCAACCCAGGCUGUGUGGGAGACCGCGGAGGUCGGAACUCAGCCGGACUGGACAGACGGGUUCAUCCUUGUGGACACUGUCGCACCCCAGGUGGUCACUCUGGAUGGCGUGGAUGGACAGCUGCAGCCGUCUGGGUGGGAUGUCCAGACCCUGCUUCGUUACACCAUGGUGUACAGAUCGUCCACCCUGUUCUUCUGCGGUCCUGUGAUGGUCGGAGAGAGGCGGUGCUCAGGGGAGACAGUGGAGGGAUCUCUGAGGACGCAGUUCUGGUUCACCGCUGAUGAGAACUGUGUGCUUGAUGCAGAGGGCAACCGUGACACCUACACCACCACUGAUGCUGCAACCAUCAUCGAGUGGCGCUGUAGUGAGGUCGUCCGUGCAGUGUCUUACCAUGAGCAAGAGUCCAAGUUGUUGGUUCUCAUGGAUGGAGUUCCGGUCAUCCAAACAUCCAAGACCUACAAGCGGGUGACCUUGUCUGCCAACGGAUCACUGGUGAGCUCAGAGAGGUCCGAAACCACCUCCGUCCCGGCCCCUGUGGUCCCUGACCCGUCUGCUGAUGGUGCUGCUGGUGCUGCUGACGCCUCUGGUCCCACUGACCCACCUGGUGCUGACGCCUCAGCUGCUGCUGACGACACCCAGAGCUCUGCCCAGGGAUCAGAGGACAGCUGCCUCCUGCCUGAGGCUCGGGAGGUGCCCUUCAUCUUCAACUUCUUCCAGUCCAAGAACCUGGAGGACUUCUCGACCAGACUGACAGCCCUCAGGCAGGCCUUCACCAUCCUACUCAGCGACGCCCAGCAGUGCAACUACGCCAGCGUUGCUGUGAGGAUGAUCCUGCGGAACCUGGCCACACUGAAUGGGAGGGAUGCGGAUCUCUUUCAGCGGGCCUUUGAUGACCUGGUGGCCUACGUCCAGAACCCGGAGAAUGCCCUGAGCAUUCAGGUGGAGCUUCUAGAGGCGAGGAUCCACUACAUCAAUGUGCUGGACAUCGUGUUCGAGUUGGUGCUGUUUGGCAUGUUUGAUGUGGCUCAACGCCAGCUGGUCCCUCGGGUGCAGGGUGGGUUCAUGGACCGACUGCUUGCAGUGGUUCAUGCCUUCCUGCCCUUUGAGGCCUGUUCACCAGCUGCACAUCAAUAUUGGCAGAUGCUGCAGGCGGACGUCCGGGCGUUCCUGGAGGAGGUGUUCUCUCUGGACCUCAGUGUCUACAGCCGUCUCCAGGCCCUCGCCGACGGGCUUUUCAGCUGUCUGGAGCGCCGGGUGGACCAGCUGCUGAGCACGCUCCCAUCGCCCUAAUAUCCUUUUUAAUACUCUCGAUAAAAUCAAUAUAAAAAAAAUGAUAUAAUACAGUAAUAUAUUACAAAGUCAAUGUCUUAACACCUACCCUCUAUGCCCCCCCCCCCCCCCCCCCCCCUCUUUACAGAUGCUACCUGUUGCAGUUUAGUUGGGGCCUACCAGUACCUUCCUGAGGACUAAGUACAUCCAAGGACACCUGGAGGAUCUGAAGACUCCUGGAGACAUCUGAGGACACGACACCUGGACAUCUGAGGACACGACAUCUGAGGAUGUUGCCACACCAUGCCGUGGACCUGGACACACCAUGCAGAGCGCACGCACACGCACGCACACACACACACACACACAGAGACUGCACACACUUUAAUAACUGCAUACCUUUUUUUCCCCCAAUAAAUCAGUCAUAUUGAA